GGAUGUUGUUAAACUCUGGGAGAGCAUUCAGCUACACGCCAUCGAUUUCUCAAUCCUCUUCCAUGUCAUCGUUUUCGCGGGGCCCACGAUCUGGCUUACUCUUCACCGACACGGACACAGAUACCAAUACAGCGACGGACACGGACACGGAUACGGACGACAAUAUUGAACGGAGGGUCCCUUCGUCACGCGAGCAAUACCUCGAUACUCGACUAAACUACGCAAACCAAGUCGGCAUCUUGGCUGCUACUCCUGCAGAACAGAGCUUAGUUGGGCAGGAUGAUGCGCAGAACUCUCAUGCAAAUCUCGGGUUCACAGCAGCCAAUAUCGGUAUUAGAGUCGCACAUAAUGAAGCUACACCAGCGUCAGAAGGCUCUUCAUCAGUAUCAGCAGCUUUUGCAUCUAUAUCGCCACCUCCACUCAGCAGCAACACAGAGCUCUCCAACGAAUGCGACAGGAUCCUGCAGGCAAUAGAACGUGCUGUCGCGAUAAUUGAAAUGUUGCAGUGGGCUGUGGACCAAUACGGGUACAUGCUCUACGGGAUAGGACCUAAAUUCCAGAAACUGCUGGAACUGGAGCUCAAACUUGUCUACGGAUCUGCUGUUCAGUCGCUAACGGUGCCAAACUCGCCUCCUAGCGCCGCAGGCCCAGGUCGGAUGCCUGGUUUUGAGCCCUUGCUGUCAUCUCAAGGCUUGUCGAGACAGCCAUCGAUAGAGCGGAUGGAAGGACUUGCACAGUUGCCAGAGACAGCAGCUUCAAGACUGGGAAUUACUGUCGUAGGCCUAUAUCGAUGGGAUGGAAGCGACAGCGACGACGAGGGUAAUGCUGAGGGUGAUAAGCAACAAACGACGGCGUCUGCAACAAUGCAGUCGAUGGAGACUGACACUCCCGAGUCCGCGGGACUGAGGCGUUCCAAGACACCUUCUUAUGCGCCAUCAGUAUUAGAGAACGCACAGGCGGCGGCACAGCUUUUAAGGGACUUACUUAAUCGAUACACAAGCUAGUUCGCAUACGGCAUGUAGACGAAG